GUUUAAUGUGAGUAAAGUUAAACAAUGAGGAAUAUAUUCUGAUGUUGUGUUACAUCAGAAUAUAAAGCGAAUGUUAUUGAUGUUGGUCAAAUUAAAUGUUAGCAUAUACAGCAAAUGACAAUAAUGGUAAGUAAAUACGGAUAAUCUGUUUACAAAUAACUUACAAAUAGACCAUACUUAAUAUAUUAAUGACGAUUUUAAUAUUUAGUCUACUGAGAAGCAUCGCUCCAAGGUUGACUUAUUACAUACUGCAUACGUGAUGUAACUCAUCAGCUGAUGUUUGUUGCAGGAUUACGUAUGAUCUGAUAUAAUAUUUAUAAUUGUCACAUACAUACAUGCACCGAACUCAAAUUACUUGUGUCACUUUUAGAUCUCUUGUACACAAGCGAGAUGCAAUCGCAGCUUUGAGUCAACCUUGAUGCGAACCGUCGCCUACGUCUUUGCCUUUCCGCCGCCUCAUAAAGUUUCGAUAUUUCCAGAGAAUAUUACGAAGACUUCGUCCGCUUACGGCCACAACAUGCAGAAUUUUGACGAUCUCGAUAUCGAGGGACGUAGCCCUUCCCAUUUGUCGGAAGAGGACAAGGAAAAGGAAGAGCACGAACGCAAGCGCAUAAUGCGAUGCAGCGUCACCGCCGAAGAUGGUGCACUCAGACCCGUAUACUCCGAAACCGAAGACGGUGAUAUAUGGUGUCAUAUCUGUAACGUCGCCCUGUACGGCGCGCAUAAGUUGAUAAGUCACAAUCAGUGCAAUCGUCACAAAAUGAAGCUGGACGAAUGGCCGUACCCGGUGCUGCUGUGGUCCAAGCGGCCGGAGUUGAGCAAAACGGUCACGCCCGUGCAGGCCACCGUGAUCGGCGACACGCUGGCGCCCGGCGAGCCGGUGCCACCUGGCACGGAGGACCAGAUCACACGCAGUACGUCGAUACAGAUGAGUUUGGAUCGGCACCAAAGCUCGCCGUUGGUCGGCCUCGAGUACCUCCUCGAGUUAGUGGACAAUGACUCCUGCGAGCCGAGUUACACGUGUGUUUUGUGUGACAAGCGCGGCGACCCGCGUACGGUAAUGGCUCACAUUACCAGUUAUAAUCACCGCAUCACGUAUCUCAAUCGACACUUCCCGACGAUCUCGCGAGCGAUCACGGAGCUGCCGCGCACUACGAAUUAUAAGCGCGGCGCCAACGAGAUAUCGGUGUUAGUGGCGAAGAAGAUCGAAGAGAAGUUCGGAAGAAUGAAGCCGCAGUUGGUGGACAAAGCACAGUUCGAGAAGAAUAAGAUGCAGUACAUUAAGAGGGUAUAUCAGGACUUGCACUUUAGGGAAACGCCGGAGAGUACAUUUAUGGAAGUUUAUGAUGUGAGAUGGGUGACGAAUUUUGAUGAGAAAAUGGCGGAGCAGAAUGGUAAUAAUGUUAAAAAAAAAGAUUCUCAGCCUGCCGAUGGGAAGAUCGAUGACAAGUAUAAAAAGGAAGAUAAGAAGGAAAAGUCACCUAAAAAAGUAGAAUCUAAAGGAGAGACUACGAAAUCGGGCUUCAAAAUCCGCAUACUUACCAAGGACAAAAUGAACCUUCGCAAGCCCACGUCGAAGGCCGAAGAGAACCAGAAGAAGUCGCCGAAGCGUCCAUCAGACGAUACCAAGUCGCUGUCGUCGCUUUCCAGCAUUUCCAGCAGCCCAUCACCGUCCCGUUCCAGAUCCCGCUCGCCGAGUCGCAGUAGAAAAAGGACCUCCGUUGAGAGAAACGUCGGAAGGUAUCGCAGCGGGUCUCGACAUUCACGCGAGCGACAUUCGCGCGACCGGCACUUACGCGAUCGGCAUUCGCGGGAGCGCCUACGAGGGCGAACGCGGUCACGGUCGCGAUCGCGUUCUUUACAGCCGCUGAGGGAGCGCGACAAGUGGGACAAGUAUCGCGAACAGAUCAGGCGUGCCGAGGAGACGCUGGAUCGCGCCCUCAAGUUCCACGAGAAGAACCCCGAGAAGCACCCGUCCUAUCCGGAUGAGUGGAAGAAAUUCUGGAACAGGCGCUACAAAGAGCUGCAGGCCGAGGGUAAUGAUCCGAGCAAGCACGACUUCAAGCCGGAGUGGAUAGAAUUCUGGAACAAGAGGAUGCGCGAAAUCCACAACGAGCAGCUGCAGCAACGGAAAGAGGAGAUUCGGAAGCGUCUGGAGUUGCCCGAGGAUAAGCUGCCGGAGAAGUGGACUUCGAGACGCGAGCGUUCUCCCGUGACGAAGCGCCCCAGGCAUCGCAUAGACAGCGACGACGAGGUAGAAUACGUCGGCACCAAGACCAUCAAGUCUGACUAUUACGACCGUCACGAGAUCCGAGAUCGCGAUUACGCGUACUCGUAUCCGCGCGGUAGGGGUGGCGUGUACAGCCAUUAUUACCCGCGUACGGCCACCCACACUAGGCCGGUACAUUACGCGACCCCGUACCCUGUGAAGGACAAAUCGCCCAACCUGCCAGUCGCGGAGGAGACGUUGACGGAGGAUCUCGAAGUAGUUGGUCUGCUGAGGUUACUCACAGCGCUCGAGGGACAGUUGGGUUCCCUCGGCCCCAAGAUAGUGUCACUGCUAUCGAAGGCCUUAGCGGCCGAGAAAACAAAGCCGAAUUCUGCGGAGGAGUUGCUGUUCGAUGAAGAAGUGAGCGUGCUCUUCGAGACGGCGAAAGAGAAACUCAAGGGUCAACUGUUUGCCGGCAUGGUGGAGAAGAUGGCAAUAACCCCAACGAAAACGGCCAUACAGAACAUCGCUAAGCUGCUGCAUAGGACGUCUGAGAGUAAGAAAAAGUUGGAGGAGGAAAAGAAGAAGAAGGAGCGGGAGCUUUUGGAAGUAUCGAAGCCAGCUGCAAGUUACAUCGGUAGAACCGCUUAUUCGAGACCGGUGGAGAUUGUAGCACCCGCGAUUAAGUCCGAACCGGUGAGCGUGCCAGGUGUCGGUACGGUCGACAAAGUUGCGAUUGCCCAGGAAAUCGCGGCGGCUUUGGUUGCGCAAGGUAAAUCAAAUGUCUCUCAAGAGGACCUGGAGACUCUCAUUAACGCCGUGGUUGGCAUGGCAGAAGCGUCGAAGCUCUCUGACAAGCCCGUCACCACUGCGGACUUUGUGAAAGGUUUGGCGACGUGCAGCAAUGUGGUUCCUCGAGCCGCGGAGUCCAUCAAGACAAUCAUCGAGUCGAGCGAACGGCAAGCCUCGAAAGUGGAAAACCUGUCGGACACGGAUCUCAAGUCGAUGCUGCAGAACUUCAAAGAGCUCAGCACGCCGGAGCAGCAUAACCUCAUCAGCUUCCUGAAGAAACUCGAGGCGAGCGACCCGAGCAGAGUGGAAAAGCUGAGAGCUUUUGUUAACCUCAGUACGACCAUCUCGUCGACGACGUUAGCGAGUAGCAUGAAAUCACCGACUCCAGAGAUCGACGGUGUCGUUGGUAAGAGCAGGAAAAGUAUCUCCCCGUUUUCCACUCGCAAGAGCAACCAGAAUCCGAGUGAUGAAGAAGACAAGUGGAAGCCGAAGUUGGAUAUGUUCGCUAACGAUGAGGAUGAACAACAGGACAAGAAGAAAGAUGAUGAUAAGAUCAAGACAAAGAUCGAUCUGUCCGAUGACGACGAUGAUUACACGUUCGAGGAUAUCUACAAGGCGGCGGAUAAGAACGUGAGCGAAAACGAGAAGGCCAAGAAGUCGCGAACCUUCUCCAAAUCGCCAACGUCGUGGUCCCGCUCGCGUUCCCGUUCACGCUCCCGCUCGCGCUCCAAGUCGCGCUCCCCGACAGCUCGGCAGAAGGACGACGCGAGAACGAACGAUCCGAACGCGAUACUCAACGAGACCAAGCGCUUGAUCGCGAACAUCAUGGGCGAGCUGCCCAGCAAAUACGUGCCGAAGUCGCACACGAGCCUCAGCAAUGACAAGAUGAAGCCGCUGGCGUCGAGCUCCGUCGAUCAGGCGUCGUCGGCUGGUAUGACGAGCUUCUACAAUCAGACUUUUGUACCGAGCAAUCAGCCGGCGCGGCCCCAAGGUCAGCAGGCCCCGAUGACCUACCCCCCUGCGGCGAAUCAGCAAUUUUCGAACUACCAGCAAACGCAGAUAUUCCCCAGCAACUCAGGGUAUAUGGACAAUAGUUACAAUUACCAAGGUUAUGGCAACAUGCCGGGUCAGGGCCAAUAUGGCGGACCAUCGUCGUUAUCGUCUGGCCAAUAUCCUCAGCAAAAUUACGGUUCUUAUACAGCGCCACCGGCCGCGCAUUCGUCCGGUUAUGUCCCAUCGCUGCAGCCGCAGCAGUACGACAGCUAUAUGCAUCAGCAGCGGUUCUAUUGAAUUACUGUUAAGAGCACCGUCGUUUCCUUCCGGACUUGAUCGCACUCGACGCCCCGUGAACAUUCGCGACACACACUGCUGACACGUGUCGAUCUCCGUGUAAGCUCCCCGGACGCCGACGUCUCGUUUGAUUCCUGGCUGUGCGAGUGCCCGUGCGAAUUUCCGAGCGUCGUCCAUGCGAGCUUUCCGAGCGUUUCUCCGAAGAGGAGCAGGCUGAUUCUUGUGCUUCGCAGGGGUUCACCUAUCCUACCGUCUCAUUUCUCUGUCCGUAUGCGACUGCAAUUGUGACAUUGUACUUAGAUGAUCCUGCAUCGCCCGCGCAUCCUGCGUAUCUCGGACUUUCUCUACGCAUAAAUUUAUAUCAGACGUAUUAUAUGCAUAUAUAUUUAUAUAUAUUUCGGUA